AUGGAUGUACCGGAUGUUUUAUUUAGGGUGCUUAUUUCGGCAAAAAAAGCUGCUUGGAUUCCUUUCAAGCAGGAAGCAGUAUGUCCUCAUCGUUGGCCCGAUGGAAUCUGGAAAGACGCGCCUCUUUUUGGAGAUCCAAGAUCACAUUUUCAAUAUGAAAAGCCCAAAACUGCAAACCGAGAACAUGCUUUCCCCCAAGUUGGUAUCAAGCCUUUUGGGUGCCGAAAUGUAAGAUCAAUAUUGGACCGAUCUAUCAAUAGAACAAGACAGGCCAAGUUUCAGUUGGCAUCCACAGAACUGUCCAGCUCUACAAUUUCUGCAGACCACGGUAGCGUGGAUGAAUCGUUCUUCUUAUAUAGUCGAUAUCCUCCAAGCAAGCGGUCUAUUGACGAAAUACGAGCGUGUUUCGAAAGAGUCACUGAAAUGAUUUUACAAGAUGUUCUGACGCCAGAAGGCUCCAUACCGGCGAUAACUUUCGGCCAAAUCACUAACGAGGACAAAGAUACGCUGUCUCACAAGCAUCUGUUCGCCUGGAUUUGGAAGAAAUAG